UACACUAUAAUGAGAAACAGAGUGAGCUUCAUAUCUUUUCCACACCCUCUCUUGAAACACUAAAGCUUCGUGUUUGCCCUUUGCUCACUCUCUCUCAUUCUCUCUCUCUCACACACACACACAAACCAACGCAGUCACGCGCACAGACACAGGCAGCUUUUAUUACAACCCUCCACAGUGAGAACAGGGAGUAAGACAGAGAGAGAGAGAGAGAGAGAGAAGAAUUCCUCCACUUGUUUCCCUGAGGUUCAGGAAGGAAUGGCAGCAAACGCCAGCACCGAGCCCCGGGUUCUGUUCCAGACCUCUGAGAAGGAGGAAGAGGAGACCUCCCAGCGCAAACUGGGCAAGCUGACGGUCAAGUACAACCGCAAGGACCUGCAGAGGAGGCUGGAUAUUGAAGAGUGGAUUGAUGGGCAACUGCACCUGCUUUACGACUGCAAGGAGGAAGAGAUUCCAGAGUUAGAAAUUGACAUAGAUGACCUGAUUGAACUUCCAGAUGAAGAGCAGCGAGCAAAACUCCAGGAACUUCUACAGGAGUGCGGCAAACCCAAAGAGGACUUUAUCAAUGGACUGCUUUAUAGAAUGAAGGGAGUUCGAAAGAUGUCAGCCUCUCAGAGAAAGUGACCCUGAAGGAAGCUGGGGACUAGCAUCACCUUUUUUAGUUGCUUGGAUUUUAGUAUGUAACUAUGUUCUUAAUAGAACUAAUGUCUGGACAGGAAACUGUUCACACAACAAUGGGUCAAUAUUAGACUGGAUGAAAGUGGACUUCUGGACUUAUUUUGAAAUCUAUUUAUAGACAUUUUGACUUUUUGAAUAUUUUGUGUAAAAAUGACACAGUACCUGUUUUUUUUAAUUUUUUUUUUUUUUUACUUUUGUGAACUAAGACAAAUUUAAAAAACCAAACCGAUGACCACGCUAUCAAUCAAAUAUUUACAGAACCUUCUUUGUGGACUUACCUACAAUUUAUAUUCCGUGGUGUCCUUCUAAUAAUUCCAAUGUUAUUCACCUGAGUAUGUGCAAUAAAUGUUAGUUUUGAUUAAAUGUUUUAGCUCUGGGGUGGAAAUAUCAUGGUUCCUGGUCCAUAGCCCAGACCAUUUAUGGUUCUGAAUCCAAUAUUCGAUCAAAGAGGGUGGUGAAAAGAAGACAGUUUUCAAGUAUUGAGCAGUUGAGAGGACUGGCAAAAGAUUUCCUCCAGACUGUUCAUAAAGGCUUGUGAUAAAGCAGCAAGGAAAUAUAGGAAAAGUUGUUCACUUUUAUUGCUUGCCAACACAAAAUAAACAAACAGGUUCAGACAUUUAAAGGGGAGACAAAGCUUUCCCUGCUCUCCGUCAGUUGAACUUCUGUCUUACUUUAACACACAGCUUGGAAACAGUAGCUUUGGUAACAUCUAUCAGUGCUGAAACAAAAGUGGUUCAGCAGCCUAAAUGACACAGUAGACUUUCAUUUGUUAAUUGUUGAUUAAUUAGCUAAUCAAUUAAGGACUUCCUUCUUGUGAUCCACAUAUUCAAAAGAUUGGGGACUUCCAGCACACAUUAAACUAUAAUUACAACACAAAUUAAACAGUGACAAAACACAACACUAUUUCCAAUGGAAAACCUAUUUUACAGGGGUGUGGGCAGUUGGAUGCAAGUCCCAUACAGCUAGUGCACAGACUAUGAGACCACUGCCUUCCCUAGCCUGUGCCCUGUGAUAAAGACGGAGGGCCAUUAACCCUUUCACUGUUCUAUGAAAAGUCAGAGAAGAGCAAACCCAAUUUUAAUAAAGAUGAAUGGCAGUCACUUUUUCAUUGACAGAUAUGUUAUUGAAAGUAAGCUGGGUAUGGGUAUUUGUAAAGGCUUGGCAAAAGUGAUCAGUCAAAAAGGUAGGAAAUCAGAUUACCAUUGAAAUAACAAUUUAACAAAAAUAAAGCAAAACAAAUGAUUUUUCACAAAUAAGAACAAUACAGUUGAACUUUUAACACUCCUUCCUAAGCCCCAACCUCUACAGGACUCAACAUACAGGCUAGUUGCAGCCUUUUAUAUCCACUGCCUAUGUUGCUAAAUUAAACACUUAAGUGAUUGAUUGGACCUCCAUUCUAGCUACAUUCUCACAUGGCUGAUAUGGAGGGAACCAGAAACCAAGUUACAUGCAGGGCUAGAGAUGUUUUCUUUAUUCCUGCUAAACUAGAAUAAAAUAAAACAAAUAUGUGACAGCGGACAACUCAUCCCACCACUGUAUUAAAUAUAAAAUGAUCUUAUGUAAUAAUAUUCUUGUUUAGAUUCACUCUUUAUUAUUUUCAUCAUUAGUAGGGUUACCAUACGACUCCAUGCUCACUGGGACAAUUUGGGACAGUUCAGGCUUUUUAACUCACACCCCAAUGCAUUCUGGUAAGUGUAGUCCUGUGUCUCUUAACGGAAAGAAACAAGUGAAAGGUACCUGAGACAGUAACACGUACCAGACUGCAUUGCAAUGUGAGUUGAAAAGCCUGAACUGUCCCAAAAUCUUCCAGUGAACAUGGUGUCAUAUGAUAACCAUAGUCAACACGUCCUGGUGCCUAUUAAAACAAAGUUUUUUAAGUUUAAAACAAGCCUGUUGGCCUCAAUAUAGCCCCUCAGAAUCAGGUCAAAUCUGCAAGAGUGUAGCAAUUAACCUGUCCCCCUGCAACACUCUGCCCCUACUGGAUGUGAGAAAUACCACAUGUAUUCUCUGAUUUGAUUCUUAUGUACGCAAAGCUACAUUAGUUAAGCAAACUAAUACCAAGUGGCUGCUUAAGUAUUUAAUAAACUGGUAAAAGUGCAUUCAGCUCUCUGAAUGAUUGACUGAGAAUAUGGUAUAACUAUCAUUGGAUUUUAUAAUGAACACUAACAUAUAUAUUUUUUAUUUUCUAUUUACUUGAUGAAAAACAUCUUUACAAUCAAUAACAGGUGUUUUACAGCUUUGCGAGAAACAAACUGAAUUGCGGGUUUACAUACCAAUAACCAUAAGGGUUCAGCACAAACCCCAGACACCUGCAAGUGGGAUACAACGAAGUGCUGAGGUUUAAUCAGUUUGUUUCUUUUAGUGUUACUGUACGUACUGCCUUAGAUUAGAUAAUAUUUAUGAUUGACCCACAGAUACUUGAGUACAUCUGCUUUCAUUUUGCUCUCUUCUGUCAUCUUUUAUUUUUUUUUUUAAUUUAACUGAGAUUUGUUCCAUUUCAUAAACUAUUGAAGUCAGCAAUAGUUGUGUAUGGGACUACAUCUAUAGCAACUGAUGAUGUAUAUUGAUAACAUGACACCUGUGGGUUCAUAACAAUAAAACACUCAAUGGUAGAAUAUGUAAGAAUAAUAAUGGAAACUAUUUGACAAGAAGAUGAAAACUUUAUUUUAGUAUUACUAGAUACAUCCCGGGUGAUAAUUGUUUCACUCUGGUCACUUUGUUUCAUCCACUGCUGUAACAACUAUCUUAAACUGGAAAACUACACCCAACACUAACUGGAGCAAAUGGUGGUUGCUAGCCCAGCUUCAUAGAAGCAUGCUGUGCUGAUAAUCGCGAGGUUUGAAUACUCUUAACUUGAGAAAUCCUCAUGAAGGUGUACUCUCCUUGUCAUUGAACAGUGCAAGACAGACACAAGACAACCUCUGUAUACUGUGUAUCAUGUGCUGUUCGGACAGCUUCAGAAUAGCACAGCAUGGUAGCACCAGCCACCUCUUGUUUAUUUAUGCUGUAAACUAGGCCAUUCCAGCAAGCACUGGAUUCGCCUGAGGCUGCACAUUAAUGUGAACCAUAUUGCUAUUUUUAUGUGUUUGGCUGUAAAACUGUGACCAUGUAAUUCCCACCUUAUAGAGCCUUAGUAACUUCUGUAUAAGAAACUGUAAAACAUUAUCUUUAUAUAGCUACACAACAACAGACAACAAAAAUGAUGGUCAUGUUGAUGACUAUGACAUCUGUGUGGUUUUGUUUUGUUGCCUCUAUAGUGAGAUUUAAGUAGUUAUUGUUAUUGUCUAUGUUUCCUGAGAUUCCAGAGCAGCCCCCAAUCCCCCUUUAAUAAAUGUGGAUGUUUCCUGGCC